AUGGCUCACACGAAUGAGAACAUUUUUAAUUACGACUACGUAGUCAUUGGUGGGGGUACAAGUGGUGCUGUUGUAGCUCGACGUUUGGCAGAAGGAGAUGCAAACUCUAGUGUGUGUCUUCUCGAGGCUGGCCCGAGUUAUGCAGACGUUGCCAAUAGCCGUAUGCCUGGCAAUUGGGUUUUAAAUAAGGAGAAGUCGCAUGACUGGAACUAUGAUAUUGUUGCUCAGAAAGGUUGCAAUAAUCGUAUUAUAAACGCUCCACGUGCUCGUUUCCUUGGUGGAUGUAGUGCAAUCAAUGGUACAGUGCUUGCUCGAGGCGCCAAAGCGGAUUAUGAUAGAAUCGCAGCCAUGGGAAAUCCGGGUUGGAAUGAGGUGCCACAAAAUCCCGUGGAAGGUGAAGGAGGCAUCGAUUUAUAUGUUCUUCUAUGUGGGCCACAAGCAAGAGGUACUGUACGACUCUCGUCCAAUGAUUCAACAUGCAAACCAAUCAUCGAUCAUGCCUAUCUUGAAAAUGAUGUCGACGUAGCUGUACUCGCUGAAGGUUGUCGAAUAGGACACGAAGUGUUAAUGAAAGGUCGAGGAACGAAAAAUAUCAUUGCUGAUCCAUGGCCAAAAACAAUAUCCCAUUCAAUGGAUCUGGCUGCUUGGAAAAACCAUGUACGAACCGUUGCUACCACCUGUUUUCAUCCAUGUGGUACGUGUAAAAUGGCACCUAACACUGAUCCUAUGGGAGUAGUCGAUAAUCGACUUCGUGUGCGAAACGUUGAGGGUUUACGAGUGGCAGAUGUAUCCAUUCUGCCUUUGAUAAACAAUGGACAUACACAGGCUCCUGCAUAUGCAAUUGCCGAAAAGGUUGCACAUAUGGUUUUGCAAGACACUACUGUUACAUGUUAG